AUGGUUGUCAUCGAGGAUCUACCCCAGAUCAAGGUCGCUGUCCGCAUCACUGGCUCGGACAGUGACUGUGUCGAAUAUGACGACCCAGACCCUCCGAUCACAUCGUCAGCACGUGGCACUGCACAACACUCCAUCGCAAAGAUCAUUCAAAGCAAAGAUGAUGCAGAAUUUUACAUACGUUGCAGUAUCGAAAACAGCUUAGGUUGGAUUGAGGGGAGCAAAUGUCUGGGAGUGGCCUGCUACAUCGAUGGCAAGCACAUGGAUUCAAUUAUCGCGGGCGAGAGACAUCUACGAAAUGGGUCUUUCAGCGGACAGAUAACUGGAGUGAGGGUUUCUUCAAUCAAACCCGGGAAGAUGACACUAAAGAACUUCAAGUUCUCGGCAAUCACGAGAGUCGAGGACCGCAAGGACAAGCUCAAGGAGGACAUGGAAACCGUCAAGCAUUUGGGAAUAAUCGAAGUUGUUGUGUAUCGUGCGGCUUUCCUUGGAGUAUCUGGCCGUUCUGAGGGACGAGCCAAGAAUGUUCACUUCCAAUCGGAAUUGGCCAAAAAGGCUCUGAUCAAGAGCACUGUGACACAUGGAACCUCCUUCACGGAGGGAAAGGACAUAGAAUCGGGAGGAAAGCAUUACAACUUCAACUAUCCAGACGGAGAUCGACGCAUUGCUCGGUUCUUUUUCAGGUACAAGUCCGGCACCAUUCUCGAAAACGAAGGCAUCAUCCAGCGUGACGAUUUGCCGGAGGUUUCUGAACCUCGUCGGCUCUCGCCGUUGCCUGAUAACCUCGCCAUCGAUGAUCUGUCCCAGCAGAAGAUCAGGCAGCUGGCCCAGGAACGUCUUGACGAUCUCCAUGCCGUGGAACGAGAGGAGAAAGUGAAGAGAGAAGGUAGCCCACACCCCGACAUGCGACCAAGCAAGGUCUACAAGGUGGAUUCUGAUGGUGCGAUUGACCUUACAGAUGAGUGA